AUGGAGGUAAAUAAUCGUUUUGAAUUACUUGCUUCUCUGCCUGUAGACAACGAACCAGAAGAAGAUUUUAUUAUUGAUGAAGCUCCAUUAGAACAAAAACAGGUAAUAAAUGAUCAACAACCAGCAAAAAGUCAAUGGGACAUACCAGAAUAUGUUGAGAAACUUAUUCCAUGUUCAUCUAUUAUUGAAGAAAAACAAACAAUCUCAUCUAAUAGAAAAACAAAAGCACAUUUACCUACUAAAAACGUAAAACCACCUACCGAAAUAAUAGAUUAUGAAGAACAAUCAGAUGACGUACAAAAAUCGGAAAUGAUUGAUACACAAACACAACCAACAACGUAUACAUGUUAUCCACCUCAACCGUAUAAAUUCAAACAAAAACCAUCAAGUCAUCUCAAUCAAACAAUGCCGAAAUUUGAUCGAAAAAUAAAUACUCUACCAAAAUAUACAGCAAUUAGAGGAAAUAGUAAAGCUUGUAUGCAUAAAAUAUAA